CAGCUAUUUUUUGUGUUGUAAAAAGUUGGCAGCACUGAACUUCUGCCAAAACGCAACAACUCUACACAAAACAAAGGAAGCAAAAAAGGACGCACAAAAUACGCAUAUAUACAAACGAAAUGCCAAGGAAUGGAGGCGGCGGCGAUGCCGGCAACAGCAAUGGAAAUGGAAAUUGUGGCAACAGUGAUGGCUGCAUAUAUCCGGAUGAUGUGAUAUUGGAAAAGGGCGUAACAUUCAAUGUACGUUACACGGGUUGCGUUGAGGUCAAGACCUCAAUGAAAUCGCUGGACUUUGAGACACGCACACAGCUAGCACGUGAGUGCAUCAAUCGUGUGUGCGAGGCAGCUGGUUUAAAGUCAGCGAGUAAACGCAGAUUGGACAAAAAGCUAUAUAACUUUAUAUCGGAUCGUCCGACAAUGCAACAUGCAGGCACCAACAUUAUAAUCAAUGUCUCGAGUCGAGCUUUAACACUGAGCAAUGUGGACACCGGCGAAGUGAUUGCCAAUCAUAAUAUGCCGCGUAUUUCAUUUGCUUCCGGUGGCGAUAAUGAUACCCUCGAUUUUCUCGCCUACAUUGCCAAACGGGAGGGGGAUGAGUGGCGGGCGUGUUAUGUGCUGGAAUGCGCGGGAGGACAAAGCGAAGAUUUGAUAGUAACCAUUGGCAAAGCGUUUGUCUUACGCUUUAAUGCUUUAAACAAGUUAAAUGAGCAGCCAACGACAGCAGACAGCAUUAAUCAGAGCUGCAAGGAGAAUGUUAAAGAGUAUUAUAAUGAUUUGCCCAACAAGCUGCCACCAGAAUUGCCUGGCGGGGAACACCCACAACAUCCCCUACAACCAAUUGCACCACGUCUGGCCCAAUUGAACCUAAAGAAACCGCGUGAUCGUUUGAGCAGCAAUCUCAUUGAUUUGAAUUCCCCGCCACCUGAACAAACUACCAAUAAACUGUCACUGGGCAACUUUGAUCCGCUCCAGGCAGCUGCUACAGCAGCUCUGCCAGCUGCCCAAACCAUACGCGAUGUCUUUGAUGGCGCACAGUGUCCACUCACUGCUGAAAUCUGGUUUCAUGCCGCCAUCUCGCGUCCCAUUGCCGAGCGUCUUUUGCAGCAGGAUGGUGACUUUUUGGUACGCGAAUCACAGGGUAAACGUGGCCAGUAUGUGUUGACUGGACUGGAGGGCAAGACACCCAAGCAUCUGCUGCUCAUCGAUCCCGAGGGUGUGGUCCGUACCAAGGAUCGCAUCUUUGACAGCAUCAGUCAUUUGAUCAACUAUCAUUGGGUGCAUGCAUUGCCCAUCAUAUCGGAGGAUUCGGAGCUGGUCUUGCGGAAUCCAGUGCGUCGAACCAAUCAGGAUCAGGCAGCUGACAACGCAUAAAACAUAUAAUAUAUUUUCAUAUUAGGAUGCAGCAAAUUUUUUUCCCAAAAAAUUGUAAUCUACGGUCAAUUCUAAGAUUAGUUCACCAAGAAUCCAUUCUUCUAAAAUCAAUUCCCAGUUCCAUCAUUUUGAGUUGAAAAUUUUUGUGUUUUUAGUCCGAAAAUUAUGUUUUAAGGACAAUUGAUCUUUUAAUUCUAUGAUAGUUCUACAUAAUUCCUGUUCGUAACAAGAGUUUUGAUAGCAAUCUUUUCAGGAUCGGACUAAAAAUACUAAAGAUAUGCUAAUAAUAACAUCCAAAACAUUUCAAAAUAAUAAAUUUUUUAACUCAACCAGGAAUUGAUUUAAGACCUUUUUUUACCUUCUUAGAAUUGACCGUAGAUUACAAAUUUUGGUUUAACACUUCUAUAAUUAUUUUUGGGCCCAUAGAAAUCGCUGCACUCUAAUUCAUAUAUAUACCAUACAUAUAACUGAUUUACUUCAAGACUGUCCUGUCAAUUUCUAACUUUAUAUUACCACAAUAUUCUUUAUAACCUGUUCUAUAUUUUGUAAGAAUUUCAUAUUUAUAUCUUGGAAAUCGAAAGAUAUCCUGUAUUGUAUUGUUAACUUUAUACGCCUUUUCUGAUAUAACGUGUCUUGAAGUAAACUAGCAAUAUAUCUAUAUACAUUUAUAAUUAUAUAUAUAUAUAUAUAUAUAUGUACACACUUAGAUUUACAUAUAUUGUGCACUUGUAGAGAAUAUCUUUUAUAUAUCGUCGUCGUAUUAUCAUUGUAUAAAAC